AGUAUCGGCAAGAGAAGCUUUAGUAAAGAUAGUGGGCAAUGAAACGGAAUCUGUCAAUAACAGUGAGCAUCAGGAAAUAAGAGAUGCAUCGGAGACUUUGCAGCAUGAGGAGCAGGUGUCAGAAAUGUCAACAGUAGUGAAGGAGGAAGAUAUCUGCUACGACCCAGAGGUAGUGAUUGCCAACAACAACAACAACAGCAUCAACAACAACCAUGAGGAGGGAGUGGAAUAUCUUUUGUCUCCAUACCAGGGUCUCAUGUCAAAACGGGAAGUGGAGAGUGACACUGACUACGUGGUAGAGUCCUUCAUCGGCCCCUCUCCAACUCCUCCCUUGCAAGAAUCCCCGCAAGAUGAGCGACUGGCAUACCAAAUCGAGGAGGUCAGUCCCACUGGGGCCACCUCUAUAGCUGACCCCCUCAUCACAGGAGCUGAGAAGGAUGAAGGGGAGAUUGUUGUGUUCCAGAGGGAGGACGGGGCAUUUGUGAAUCAGGAUGGGACUCCAGUGUCAAGUGAACUCCAGUACCUAAUAGCCACAUCACAGCAGGACUUUGCCCCCUCACUGGAACCAGUCGACCACUCGGACUCCAUCUUCGUUUCUCCGGGAACCUUUGACCAUCACCAUACCAUUGAUGUUAACACAGGGCUGUAAAGCCCUCCCAUUUGCAAGUGUAAUCUCAACAAGGACAGCACAAGUGGUGCUUUGUGAUGAGUUUUGCAAGACUGGAAAAUGGAAAUAAGUUACUAAAAAGAGAGAAGAAAAUGGCAUGAAUAAAUGUGAAUAAAAAAAGAAUAGGAAAAAUUAUAGAUUUUUUAUUUUAUUUUUUCAAGUUAAAUGAGACCCAUAUAUCAGUAAACCCAUUUAUCUGAAACCAGUAAUUAUUUGGUAAGAAAGAAGGACCUUCCCAGAGGCAAACCAUUAAGCUAGGAGUAAAGAGGUGUUCAGUAAUUUUACAUUCUACUUAAUAGAAUGCACGAAACAUGGUAAAGGCUGUUAUGGCCUUACCUUUUGAUAUUCUCAGGGCCCACAUUCAUGGCGGUUCAGUUGUAUAACUAUGAUAUUUUUGUGGUCUGAUGUAAUAGUUUAUGUGGAAUAAUUCAGGGCAAAAGUCUGCUGAAACACAAGCUAUUUAUUAAUAGGACUGUAGGAUCUUUUUAGACAUAAAGAAGUGGCUUACAGGAUCUCAUGAUUGGCUUUCCUUUGCUCCAUCCUAUGCAGAGAACCUCCACAAGACAAAUGUUUUAUCAUGGUAUUGAAAUUUUGUCAUUUGAUGUAAUUGAAAAAAAGAGAAGUCCCAAGUGCCUGAUUUAGAUCUGGUUGGAGGCUGCACAGCAUAAGUGUCAAGAUAGAGGAUAAUUAAUUUAAUGCUUGGGGUGAGGGAGUGGUGUUAGUGUGCAGGAAGUUCUAUGUAUCUUGUAAUCUCAUAAGAUUUUGGGAGUUGGAACAAGAUUGUAAGACAGCACCAGAAAAAAGUGAGAACCAUAGAGGAAUUGUUAGAUCAUAGAGGCCAGUCUCUAUUACUUUAUUUUCUUUUCUUUAUGGGAGUAAGAUAUUUGAUGUGAUAAGCUUGGCAUUUUUUUUUUUUUUUGUAUGUAAUAAAUCAAGUUUUUCAUAUUUGACAUCAAUGUUUCAGGGAAGCCUCUUAAUAGUUCUGAAAUAGAGAUGCUACAGAUGUGUGUAUACAGUGCAUAGUUCUAAAAGUGUCUUAUUAACCUGAUGCUGCCGGGGAUGGCAUGUACAAACUUGAUAUGCCCACUGUGAGUUUAGUAUAUAUAUUGUUUCACAGAUUAAUGACUCUUCAAGUACUUAGUCACCAGUGAGCUAAUUGUUAGUACCACUACCUAUCUUACCAUUUACCCUUUCUUUUGAGCUUUAGAUUUUUCCAUCUUAUAUUAUUAGUAAUGUUAAUAAUAUUAUGAUAAUUAUUAUGUCUAUAAUAAUGAUAAUGAUAACAGCAUCAAUAUUGGAAGCAUUACAAAAUAAACUUUCCCCAAAAAUUCAGUAAGAGAUAAGAUCAGGUGAGGUCAUAAGGUCAACCAAGUUGACUCAGGGAUGAAGAGCUUGUGCAGAGACAUUUCACUAAACUGUGCUACAGCAAAUGCACAGUUUUCUGGCAGCAUGGGGCUAAAUAAUAACUUGCUGAAUGUCAGUCAAAAUUGACAUAUGUAUGUUUAUUGAAUUAUACAAGUUGAUAAGUUUUUCAUCAUACUAAAUUGUAUAUAUAUUUAUUUAAUCAGUAUUAUAAGGACUGCACUGAUUAUGUUUGAGAUGCUGGUAAGAGGUUUUACUGUAUGUUGCACAUUUUUUCUGGCUAGCAGAUGGGUGUAAAAGUAUAAAAUGAAAUAAUAAAAUUCUUUGUAUUGUGAUCUUCAAAUUUUUAUUUUUAUUUAUGAAUUGGAAUUCUGGUUUUAAGAAAGCAUAAGUAUGUUUCUUUCUUUAUUUAUUUAGCUUACUUAUGUCAUUUAUGUGCAAAUGAAAUUGAUAUUGACCUUUUGAUUUAUGUUUAACAUAUUUUUAUUUCAAAUUUACCUACCAUGAAAAUGUUAGAGAUACCCUGGAAUCAUAUUAGAUUUCAAAGCUUUUUGAAAUUCAAGAAAGCUCAAGGCCACAGGACAUAGAAGGCACAGAGACCACAAGUGACACUUAAUUCCAUCCUGGAAUGUUUAUGGAAUUCCAUCUGAGAUCCUCUUAGCCAGUUAAAUUACAGUGUCUUUUUUGAUAUGGGAAACUUACACAUAUCUGUACAGGUAAUGUUAACUUUCGUAUGCAUAUUUUGUGUGUAUAUAUGUAUAUAUAUUCAUCUUUUUUCUGUCAGUGUGUGUGUAUAGACAUAGUUUGACCUCAAGUUUUUUCAAAUUGAUCUGAACUUUAUUAUAGAUGUUAGGCGUGCGGGCUUAUGAGGUGGUGUUUUAUUUUUUAAUUAAUUUAUUUUAUUUUAUUUUUUUCAAAGGGAUCUUCUGAUUUUUAAUGGUUAUUUUUUUAUUAUUAUUUUUUUUCUGUUGUUCCAUUCAUUAAUUUAGAUGUUAGGUAAAUGCAAAUUAAGGAAACAUUCAUAUUGUCCAUCAUAUAUGGUAUUAUUUAGUGGUUGAAUACUUCACAAGGCCAAGAUGAUGACACACCAUGGAGUUUGAGAACAUGUAGCAGCUGCAUUAUCAUUCAAGUAAUCCGGUGAAUUCAAAAUGUAAACAUUUCUGAAGGUCUUCAUUUCAACUUGCGUCAGUCUGGCAUCAUGUUCAAACCAAAGUCAGUUCGUGUAAAGUUUUAUUGUAAUAUUUUUGGAGUGCCUGUCUCUGGCACUCAAAGCUAUGUAUGUGAUGUAGGUACAAAAUACAAAGAGAGUUUUUCUUUCUUUCUUUCUUUUUCUAUUUAUUUGUAAACAUUCAGGAAAUAAACAUCAAGUGAAUGUUAUUACUAAGAUCAUUAUUGUUUUUUAGAUUCUUGUGAUACUUGAAAGCCUAGUCCUUAGAAUGUUAAAGGACUGCAUUUAAUAUUUCCGACUGUAAACUUUUUUGGGAAAGAGGAUAAAAGAAUAAAGCAACUUAUCUUA